AUGCUUGACAGCUUACCACAAGAGCUACUGGACAAUGUCCUUCGAUAUGCAAGUGCUUCAGUCUUGAAGCUCAUUGUAAUACUAAACAUGAAGCAGAUACACAAGAAAGACCAUCUGCUUCAAGUCUCUAGUGUCUCACGAAGACUUCGUCCUCUAGUUUUUGCAAGGCUUUUUAGAGUCAUCAUUGUCAACUCUACAGACGAGAAUGACCCGCAAGUCUUUCGAGAUAGACCUUAUUUUGCCGUCUCGAAAAUCACAAAUCCUUUUCAUCAACAGAUUUUGCCAGCUAUCCGACACAUCAAUCUCAACAGUCUGGUUGGGCCGGGAGAUUCUGACAUUUCGCCAUACCUUGCGAAGACUCGUGUACCAUCGCCGUGCAUACGGCGGGUACGGCUUGGGGACUAUGCUGACGAGUACUACGAUCGCGCUUUAAGAGACACUGUCCAUGAGCAAGACUUUUUCCAGAAGCUUGUCGAGAUCAUCACCCAAUCCAAGUUUGAGUGUCUCGGUAUCUGUGACAAACCUUCUGAUCUCCUUGGGUUUGGCGGUUUCCCUACGAAGGGCGCACCAUUAAAGCUUCUUCAUCUUCGAUUCGCGGGCAAACCUCCGCCUAUGGCUAAGUCGAUCGAUGAAGAUGAGUUCGAUGACGAUACUAUAGAUGAAUACAUACGAGCCCAGGACCAAGAAGAAUCCGAGGAAAAUGAGCAACCUGAACUCUGGGAAUUCGGCCAUGGCCUUGAAUGGAGAGAGAAAGAAGAAAAAGAAGUAGAGGAUUUUGCGGACUGGGCAUUUGGCCCUCUUGGAUUUCCUAAGCUCGAAGUUCUCGCCUUGGGAGACUUCUCGCACAACGGGCGCUUCGCAGAUAGCCAAGGCUUAUGGUGCAGAGUGAAUGACGAUCCUCCUUGUAGGCAGUGGAAGCCUGUGACACCGCAGGACGUCAAAGAGAAUGAACUUAUCGAAGCAAAUAUGGAUAUGCUGUCGGCAUGCCCUGUCAGCCCUUUAUUUUGGGCCUCUGCACAUCCACAGGUCUUUCCAGGCUGGAUGUAG